CAAGUGCUUUCUGUGUGUUGAAAUGUUUGUGGUACCCGUGAGACUAGACCUUCACUGUGUAGCCAACACUCAGAAGUUUACAGUGCGAAGGAACCUGAAGCCUGUUGGGAGUGUGUCUCUAAGUAGCGGAUGUGCUGCCUGUAGCACAGCUUGAAAUCCACGUAGCAGGACAUCACCGUGGUGACUUAAAGUUGUUUACCGAUGCUGUAUGUCAUAUGGCGCAACAUCGGCCAAGUAGUAGCUGAUGUUGGCUUUGUGACAUUAGAAACUUAACAAAGAACUGUGUCUCACAUCUAAGGAUAUUUUCAACCAUACUUUUGAGGGAUUUGAUUAACAGUAAACUGCUCAAAGCAUUUAGCAUAUACUGUUUAUGACAUAGCUACCAAAGCAUUAUGGCCAAGACAGAGCUGGCUUUGUGGUACGUAUAUUUGUAGCCUCAAAUCUGGAUGUUUGCACAAAAGUGAAUCACCUGAGCUUGAGACAAUUUCAAGAGGAAUGUAAAUAUUAGUGUUACGUUCAAAGCAAGCUAAAUUCUAAACAUGAACAAGGAACUGUUCCUUCAAGGCAAGUCAGAUGCCUAAUAUUAACAGCAAGAAUAUAUUGGCUUACAUCACUUCCUUUAAGAUGGAGUCGUCUCCUUGCAAGAUAAGUGGUGCCGACCUCUGUGUUUAUUCUGUACAUACGUCCAGCAGAAAACUACUUUUUUCUCAUACAUAUAUAAUUUAGAUAAGGAUUCCAGCUUUUUAUUUAGGAUCUGUGUGGAACAUUGUGAAAUUCUUCAGCAUGAAAUAGAAACCUUCAGAUUCAGAGAAACAUUUUACGUUGACCUGUGCUGAUUUUCAGGGGGUUUUGUGCACACUACAGAAUAACAUUGUCCACCCCAAUCAUCAUAUGAAGAAAGAUGUUUCAUGUGGAAAAUACUUUGCCAGAAUUCCAAGAAAAUGUUCUGAACAGUAUUUGUCCUCUAGUCUGUCAAAACAGUUGAUAUAGUAGCUGCGUCAUCAACAGUUUGGUGUAAGUUUUAAGAGAAACUUUUGAAAGCAUCUAUUCCACUGUAAUAAGAGUUCGAGAUCAAGACCAAUCCACUCUUGACUUGUUUCUCAAUAAAGCUGGAGAAUCCAGCAAACACACAAGAGUCCUCUGCAUGAACCUUUUAUUUCCUCAGCUGGCUGGUCCUGCUGAUGAAUCAGACCCAGGAAUAGUUUCAGUUACUCAUCCAAGAUACAGUGGCUGUGCAGUGUUGGAAUCUCUUGAGUAAGAAAGAGCCUUGUAUAUUGAUUUUCCUGUGCUCCUCUCCUCUCUGGCAUUCACAGCAGAGGUGCUGGCUGUCUGGGACCUCCCCUGACUUGCAACCAGCAGCUACAGCAACUUGUCUUCAGGGGACCAGAGAGGUCAAAGUGCAAGUGAUGUGUCUGGAUGCAGAAAGAGUUGACUCAGCAGACAGCAACUAGGAGGCUGUUUCUAGUGUCUAGUGUGCAAAAUGGACAUGAGUUUAUAAGGAUACAAGCUCUUGAUAGGAAGGAAAUUGUCUCAAGGCAGGAGAGAGAACCAAGUUUUGUGACAAUCAGAGUGAACAGCAGUAUAAGUGUUGCAACACUUGAUCAUCUCUGUGCCGGCUUUUGAAAGCCAGUCAGCUCCAUUUUUAUGGGUGGAUAUCGUGUGUUGCUCGUCUUACAGAGAAAGUUGAGAGUUAAAGUGUUUUUAAUUUAGAGCACUAUUUCUUUCUAAAGCACAUUUUUCCAUUUCACUGAGUAUGAAGACAAUUGCAGUGUUUUUUUCUCCAAAGCCAUUUUCUCUUAUAGACUUUUUGGUUGAUGGUGUUGUGUCACAACUCAGUUACACCACAGGACUGUACUGGAGAUGACAAGCUGUUGAAGACCUUCUGCUGCAGCUUAUGAUUGAAAGAUUGAAUCAUAGACACUUAUUUAGUGUCUGAAAACACAACUUAUCAACUCAAAGCUGUGGUAAAUUCUUUGAACCAGAAGGAGCAAAAAUAUCCACAGUGAACAAAUAUCCUAUUUGUGACAGCUUCUGCUGACGAGCUGCAUCACCUCCAUGACUGCCAUCGCUUUGUGUGAACUAAAGCAGAUGAAGACGUAGACAAGUACAGGGAUUAUUAAAUCAUUAAAGCACAAGUCCUUUUGCUUUUCUCUCUGGACCAUAACUGACUGCAAGCCAGUGGGAUAUUUCUGUCACAUGAACUAAAAUCUUUCAAAACUGGUUAUUAACAGUGCAAGUUUUCUUUUCUGAGUUGAGGUAACUGACAACAACAUGGAUCAAGCUCACCAUGUGGACUACAGUACAGGGAUGUCGCUAGGCAACGCAGUGUGCCGGCGAUGUGGCAAUGGAUUUGGUCUGCAGGAGCAGAUAAUCAACUCCAAUGGCGAAGUGUGGCAUACAUCUUGUUUUGUGUGUGCCCAGUGCUUUCAGCCAUUUCCAGAAGGCACCUUUUAUGAGUUUGAAGGUCGCAAGUACUGCGAGCAUGAUUUUCGUGUCCUCUUUGCACCUAGCUGCGGAAAGUGUGGGGAGUUCAUCAGUGGGCGGGUAAUCAAGGCCAUGAAUUCUUCUUGGCAUCCACAGUGCUUUAUCUGCCAGAUUUGUGGUGACUGCAUGGCUGACUCAGGCUUCGUCAAGAAUGCUGGGCGAGCCCUAUGCAGAGAGUGCAAUGCUAAAGAGAAAGCUCGUGGAACUGGCAAAUAUGUCUGCCACAAGUGCCAUGACCUGAUUGAAGUCAAUGGACACAUCAAGUUCAAGGGAGAGGCCUACCAUCCUUAUCAUUUCAACUGCAACUCUUGUGGUGUUGAGCUGAAUACCGAGGCCCGUGAAAAGGAUGGAGAACUGUACUGCCUGCGUUGCCAUGACAAGAUGGGCAUACCCAUAUGUGGUGCCUGCCGCCGGCCCAUCGAGGAGCGUGUGGUUCAUGCUCUGGGCAAGACAUGGCAUGUGGAGCAUUUUGUUUGUGCCAAGUGUGAGAAGCCUUUCCUUGGUACUCGUCAUUAUGAGAAAAAAGGACUGGCCUAUUGUGAGAUCCAUUACCACCAGCUGUUCGGCAACAUUUGUUUUGUCUGCAACAAUAUCAUCAAUGGUGAUGUGUUCAGUGCUUUUAACAAAGCUUGGUGUGUCCAUCACUUUGCCUGUUCCAUCUGCGACCGCAAGAUGAGUCAAAAGACCAAAUUUUUCGAGUUUGACCUGAAGCCUGUAUGCAAGAACUGCUACGACAAGUUUCCAGGGGAGCUGAAGAAGCGACUUAAGAAGGCAUAUGAUGAGCAGAACAAGAAGUGAAGCUCUGUCGCCUGCCUUGGAUAGUCUCCCCUUGCUUAGAAGACCGGUCCUAGCUGUGUCUGGGUUUUAGAGAUCCUGCUUAUGUACACAUAAUCUGUUGUGCGAGGAAAAUGUUGCAGAGGCUUUCAGUCAUAUAAUAAUAAUGGGGAAUGUAGAUGCUAAUAGCUGUUGAUAAAAGAAUGUUUCUGUUUGGUGACUGAACAAUUGCAUGGCUUUUGCUUUACAAGAGUUCAUUGUCUAUGUGGUCCUUGGUGGCAUCCUGUUUCCGACAUUUGAUCUGUAAAACCAGCUGUGCAGGCCUAACUGAUCAUUGUUUUUUUUAGGGUUUGUGGUUUCACACAGCAUUGGAACAUACAACAUUGGAAGGCAACCUUUUUUCACCAAUGUGCCAAUAGCGUUUGAAGCUAAUUGCCAAUGCUAAUUGCCCUCUAGAAGCUGAAACUGUCCACAGGCUUAGUAGAGAAGACAUUCAGUUACAGCAAGUCAGGAACGGUGUUGUAGACCUGCAGUUAUCAUCUUUCUUUCACCUGAGGUCAUUGUACUUUAAACCGUUGCAAGCGAUCGUAUGUCGUAAAAUUAGUUCUCUUAACAUUUUGAAUUUUGUGGCAACAAUCCAAAUGGUUAUAGCCAAAUUAUACACCAAUGUAGAACUUAGCUUAUUCAUUUGAUAGCUACUAAAGAAUAAUAUAUGCAUGGGAAAAAAGUCAAGUAUAAUAUGUAUUGGUAUAUGUAUACCUUACAGGUGUUCCAUUAUUUCUGUUGCAGCAUUAUUUUACUGCUUUUCUACCCUUAAGACUUUUUAAAUAUUUUAUGUUACAAAAUAUACACUUGCAGUUAAUGUUCAGUAUAUCAUAUUUACCUGACAGUAAGUACUCGACCACCCAACUACUGAAGAUAUACUCUUUUAUUAGAGAAAUCAAGACAUGCCAGAAAGAUUGUUGUAGUGUCCAGAAACGCUCAUGUAAACGUUAGAUAUUACAUUGUUAAGAACUGAAAUUUGAGAAUUCCUCACUUCAAUGAUAAUGUCUUUACUGACUUGGCUAAACACCUCAUACCUGGCUUCUUCACAUGAUAACCUGUGUUUUAUUCAGGGCUAAAUCUGAUACAGCUACUUCACAGUUGUAGUUCUCAUUAAGGUGUAACACUUUGAAUCCAGGCCUUAUUGUCAAGCCCCUUCAGCGGUUUGAACCCAUCUUACUCAAUAAUUUUUACUGCAAAACUAUAUAAACAAAAAGGGACAAAAUCCAGUCAUUUAACUAGGUAAAUUACAUUUGAAAAGAAUUUCUUAACACGAAAAAAAGUAUAUUUUGUGAUAGAGGCAGCUGUAGUCUGUCAGCAUAUAAAUCUGGCAUCAAGUCUUCUGUAAGCCAUGUCUAAAAUGGUGUCUUGUGUAUUUUUUCGGAAGGUGACUGAGUGGUGUGUAAACAUAAAACAGUAAAUGUCACAUUAUUAGUGUCUUCAGGUAUAAAAGCUGGGGAAUGACAUUUUUCUGGGAUUUUAAUGCAUACCUGUUAUUCCUAAUACAACACACAUGCCAACAACAAAUGUAAUAAACAUGAAAAGCAAAAAACCUCUAAAUGAGAAAACAAUGAUUGCUUAUUCAAACCGUGCAACAACUGAUGUUGAAGUAUUGUAUCUGUAUGAUUCACAUGAGCUCAUUAUGGGUUCUCAUUUCUCAUUUAAUGUGUAAAUUGAGAAUGUUUUAGUAAGCAAUUAAGAGUUCAGAAAGUGAUUGAUGACUGUUUUAUUUUUUGAAAUGUAACAGUUGCACUCACAAUACUGAUAACAGCGCUCCCUUCUGUGUUAGUUCUGUGUUCUCCUUCACUGCAACCGUUUAACAUGACCUACAACCUAAUGAUGUGAUAUGAAAGGUGCCAAAAAGAUAAACUUGUAUUUUUUCAUCUGUUACUAGAAAUGUCUGUUGCAUCUCAUAAUGAAUACCAGUGUUUGCAGGUUGUCAGGCUGACUUUUAAAGCCACAACAUGUUUGACUUUGUUCUUGAGUCUGACUUUGGAGGCAAUGAUGCAGGUCCUCAGACAAGAAGACUGAGACAGAAAGCAUUGAUUAGUAGUUGACUGGGACACAUUUUCAUCAAGACUAACCUUAGCCCACAUAUUUUAGUCUUUUUUUUCUUUUUAACUAUGCUGCUUAUUUACAUGGGUUUUGGCCUGUUCCUCUCACUCCAUAAAGAGGAUUUGAGGCUGCUUACGCAGUCCCUCCUUACCUCUGUCUCUGUAGAUAUUUGGUUUUUUUUAAAUCAUAGCACAUUUCACCUUCACCCUUUAGUCAGUUUAUUUACAUGCUGUCUGAAUCUCUUUGUGUGCUGAUCUGAUUAUCUGACAUGAUGAGAGUCAUUUGUCCGUAGUCCUACCAUUUCCCUAAAGCUGUGGCUGCAAUACAGUACAGAGCUAGGCAUCAGUAUCAUCAGCACAAUACAGUUAGUAGCUAGACAUCGGUGUACUCGCCACUUCUGCUGGAGCUUGGUGUGAGUGUGUACCCAGGUCAGUUAUAGUCAGGGGAGAGGUGUACGCCCAGGUGUGUAAAAAGUGUCCUUUCAUAAAUCUAUGACUUUGAGAUUAGUCAUUUCUGUGGUUUUUAAGUUUUGGUUAAUGUUGCCAAAGAAACCCUGGUUGUAUAUGGGGUUUGAAAGGCAAGUCUUGUAGGUCUGUGAUGAGAAGUGCUCUUUUAAGACAAGUAUUACUUGCUUACCUAGUCAGCUGCUUUAUUAUUUCUUAUUUGAUAGAAUUCACAACACUCUUGUCUGUGAAUUUUUUUUUUUCUUUUUUUGCUAGGUACUCAAGGUUUUCCUAUUAUUAAAUAUAAAUUUGUUAAAGUUUUAAUUGAGUGGAUCUAUGUGAAGUCUUUGUAAUUAAUACUGCAUGAGUGGGUUAAUAAGUUGUUCCUAUCUUAAAGAUCUGUCUUCAGGCAAUAACUGAUCAUCAGAAAUUUGUUUUGCCUAUGGUGCUACAGAGAAGAUGAGAAGUAUAUUGAUGAGACUGGCUAUAGUAGACACUGACAGUUCUUUGCUUGCAUUUACAAGUUAUUUGGUGUAUAAUGUUCUCCUUAUGCUGUAGUAUCAUAAGGGGAUAUUUCUGCCAAGUGCUGACAUUAGGCAUUUUCUUCUAAAGAAUUAUAAUGUCAUUGUAACUGUGUAUUAAAUAUAUACAAAAUGUAAUAAAUCAUAAUCUAACAUUUUA